CAAACACGUGGAAGAUUGGCAUCACCUAAUCGUCAAUCUUCUAAUCAAAAUUAUUCACAUAAUCUUGAUACUGAGGACAGAGAACAUCUCUUUGCUCAAAACUGCCAAAUAUACCUCCUGAUCAGGCAGUUAAGUGACGAUUUUCAAGAUCUGAGAAAUGAAAUACGAUACAGAAACGUUCAAGGCACUCAAGGCAUUCAAGGCGAGGAUCUUUUGCCUAAAGUGUGGGACAAAGUAUAUAUUAGCAUUGUCAAAUGCCUUUUCCCAUGUGUAAUAUAUCCCACCCAAGAUGAAAUAAAAGAGUCCCUCAAGGACUACUUGAACGAAAAGUUCUCUGAAUUUAUGGUGAACUUAAGUGCUAACGAUUUUGCAAACUGGUUCUAUG